CGUAGCCGCAUCCCGAAGUCAGACGCAUCCAGCGCUGCUGUCACAACAAGAGAAGAGGAUAAUAAGUUAUUAGAACAAUAAUCCUCUAAAGAACAACCUCAAAGCGGAACACACCUUUAUUUCAAAAUGUCAGACAAAAGUGAGCUGAAAGCAGAGUUAGAGCGAAAGAAACAGCGACUGGCUCAGAUGAGAGAAGAGAAAAAGAGGAAAGAGGAAGAACGCAAGAAGAAAGAGUUGGAUGGGCGUAAGGAGGGCGUGUCUCCUCCUCAGGAUGACUCUGAUCUGGAGAGGAAGAGGAGGGAGGCGGAGGCUCUGCUGCAGAGCAUGGGAAUCGUCGACGCCUCCAUGGUCCCCCCUCCCAUGUCCCCCUCUGCCAAAUCAGUGGGCACACCCAGCGAAACGGGAAGCCAGGACUCAGGAGAUGGCGGGACGGGGCCCAGGACUCUUCAUUGGGACUCUGACCCUUCUACACUUCUGCUCCAUUCAGACUCUCAGCUCGGACGUGGCCCACUGAAGCUGGGCAUGUCAAAGGUCACACAGGUGGACUUCCCACCCAAAGAAGUGGUGUCAUACUCGAAAGAGACCCAGACACCCACACAAACUCAGCACAGAGAAGAUGAGGAAGACGAGGAAGAUUUGGCUGAGACGCAGCCAGUUCUGGAUCGGCAGGAUGAGAAAGACUCUCAGAAGGAUGAAGAGGAAGCACCCCCUCAUGAGCUGACUGAGGAAGAGAAAAAGCAGAUUCUUCACUCCGAAGAGUUCACGACCUUCUUUGACCACAGCUCUCGUAUAAUUGAGCGCGCGCUCUCCGAGCAGGUGGAUGUGUUUUUUGACUACAGCGGAAGAGAUCUUCAAGACAAAGAGGGGGAGUCUCAGGCUGGGGCGAAACUCUCACUAAACAGACAGUUUGCAGACGAACGCUGGUCCAAACACAGAGUCGUCACCUGCCUCGACUGGUCACCACAGUAUCCUGAGCUGCUAGUGGCAUCAUAUGGCAGUAAUGAGGAUGCUCCACAUGAGCCUGAUGGAGUGGCUCUAGUCUGGAACAUGAAGUAUAAGAAGACCACACCUGAAUAUGUCUUCCACUGCCAGUCGGCAGUGAUGUCAGCAGUAUUUGCACAGUUUCACCCUAAUCUGGUGGUGGGAGGAACAUACUCUGGUCAAAUCGUGUUGUGGGACAACCGCAGUAACAAACGCACCCCUGUACAGAGGACACCACUAUCAGCCUCAGCUCACACGCACCCGGUUUACUGUGUGAAUUUGGUGGGAACUCAGAAUGCUCAUAAUCUCAUCAGCAUCUCCACUGAUGGCAAGAUGUGCUCCUGGAGUCUGGACAUGCUGUCCACACCACAGGACAGUCUGGAGCUUGUGUUCAAACAGUCUAAAUCAGUGGCUGUGACCUCCAUGUCAUUUCCUCUGGGUGACGUCAAUAACUUUGUAGUGGGGAGUGAGGAUGGAUCAGUCUACACCGCUUGUAGACAUGGCAGUAAAGCAGGUAUCAGCGAGAUGUUUGAGGGUCAUCAUGGACCAAUCACAGGGCUCGAUUGCCACACAGCAGCAGGACCGGUUGACUUCUCACACCUAUUUGUCACUUCCUCUUUUGACUGGACUGUCAAACUCUGGAGUACCAAGAAUAAUAAACCUUUGUACUCCUUUGAGGACAAUUCAGAUUAUGUGUAUGAUGUCAUGUGGUCACCUACACAUCCAGCACUGUUUGCUUGUGUGGAUGGGGUUGGACACUUGGACCUGUGGGACCUUAACAAUGAAACUGAGGUUCCCACAGCGAGUGUAACAGUGGAGGGAAACCCCGCUUUGAAUCACGUGCGCUGGGCUCACUCUGGACGAGAGGUGGCCGUCGGUGAUUCUGAGGGUCAGGUGCACAUUUACGAUGUUGGAGAGCAAAUUUCAGUGCCACGGCAGGACGAGUGGACUCGGUUUGUGCGCACGCUCACUGAAAUUAAUGAGAACCGCGAGGACGUGGAAGAACUGGCUGCUCAACGAUUGGCUGCAUGAUCACCAUAGCAACCCCUGCCGACCAAUGACUUAUCCCCUGUAGUUUGCUAUCUUUAAGAUUUAUUAGAUGACAAUCUAGAGAUUUUCAAUUACUUUUUUUUUUUAAUCUGAAGGGAAAAAAUUAAUACUUGAGACUCCAAGAACUUGCAGUUUAUAUUUUAAGCACUUAAUGCUGCAAGUCGAACAAAAUGUUGGUGUUAUAUUGGGAUAGUAACCCUGGUUUGAUGUUUUUAUCUAAUAGUUAGAGGUUGAUUUAGACUAAAGGGAUGGAUUCAUAGCUGUACACCAGCACUAACGCUACAAAUAUGCAAAUUAUUAUUCUGCGCAAGUCUUAAUAAUGCUCAAAGAUUUAGCAGGAACACAGACUUUAACUUGCUGUAACUGGGGAAAUGUUUUUCAGAAGGGGGAAUAUUUUUAAUUUCUUCCUAACAAAUUUUAACAUUAACUUGAAAAUUAUUUGAUUAUUUAUAGCUUUUUAACAAUGCCUUUUGUUUUAAAUUAUGACUGAUAUAUAAAGACUGACCGUGUACGUUUGUUGUAAUUGAGCAGAAUCGGACUACUUUUCAACACGCCUUAAAGCAAACCUUACGACUUAACGCACAUAUCUAGAAUCUUCCAGCACACGGCAUUAUAGAAAAUCUUUGUAUCUUCUUGCUGCUUGCUAAUUCAAAUGCCAACAACAAAACUUAUUUGUGGUAUGUUGGUAGAAAUCUCAAAAUCACUAUUUAGUUUUUUAAUCAAGACCAUUGCUUUGCAAUUUAAAAAGGGCAUGGAGCAAAAUUGUAAUCUCUCGAUAAGCAUUUAAAGUCAAGACCUAAAUGGAAAAUGUCCAUUUGGCACAUAUUUAGCGCCACAUUCUAAUUAACAUCUGCUAAACAUCUUCAAAAGAUCAGAUUUACAAAUAUUCUAAUUCAUAAACGUCUGAAAGACAUCUGCGGAAUAUCUGCAAGAAAUAUAGACGUAUUGCAGAAACAUUUCCUAAAAAAUAUGUCUUCCAGAUGUAAACAGUAGACGUGUAGGUGACAGGUGUGCUAUAAGGGCAGAGUUCCCACCGGUCAUGAAAAGCCUGGAAAUAUCAGGGAUUUUAAAAUUGUGAUUUCCAGAUCUGGAAAAGUUUUGAAAAUUAGUUAGUCUUUAUAGUUUGUUUUCACUGGUUAUUUGUCAGACAAAUACACUUGUCAAAUUGUUUACAUGUCAGUUGCAGUAUAGAGUUGGGAACCGAUAACAGAUUCUUAUUCAGAAACUAAAUUUUUUUCAACCGGAACCUAAUGAUUUUUAUGUGGUAGCAAUAUCUAGAAAUUAUUUGUCCCUUGAUGAGCAUUAAAAUUCUCAACCAAAAUAUUUUAUAUAUUUGUUCAUUUAUUUCAUUAUCGUUACGGUUAAGGAACUGAAAUCGUUAAAGAUCUGAUUUGAUUUAAGAUUCACUCUGAACUUGGAAUACUGUCACAAUUCAGAUUUAGUUUUUUGCAGUAUUUGUAAACAAAUAGCCUACUGCACAGGGUAGAAUGACAUGAAUAUAAUAUUUAAAUAUGAAAUUAAUUAAUUAAUAUAGCUUUAUAUCAAUUACACUUUGAGGGUGCAAUCUCUAUAAAAUGACAUUUAAAAACCCUAAUCCAACUGGCAAAGUCACGGCAGUUCAUUGGUCAAUAUGUAGGAACCCUGAUAUACAUUAAGACCGAAGAGUGCCAACU